AACCUUUUAAUUUUUUUUUCAUAUCACCUUCAUUUUAUCUACCCUGCUCCCUACAGUUUACCUAUACUUAUAGUGUGUUUUUGUGAAACACAUUACAGAUAUAGAAACCAAAUAAAUUUAAAUAGCAUGUCAUUUACUCAUCUAUCGUUUAUUGUAAGGUCCCAUCCCCCUGGCGGACAGUUGUUGUGCAGAUUGAAUGAAUCAAAAGUAAAAGUAAAUAGAGAUAUAAAAAUGUUAGAUAAAGAUAUGAAAGUAAAUAUCAAAGUAUUAAUAUGAAUUGCACACAAUAUCUUAAAGACCAUUUACAAUAAGUGUUUAUGUAUAGAAAUAUGAGGUAUUUACACUGAACUUAGUUUUUUCAUAACAUUUUCUUUAACUUUUUAUAAUAAAGACAUCACAUACAACACUAGAAGGUGGAAGAAAUAUUAUUUUUACUUGAAAGUGUGUCUAAAAUGCGAUUCAGUUACAUAUAAAAAAAACAAUAAGUGUAAUAAAUGUAAACGCUUUGCUUUCUUAUAAAGUCUGACUGCUUUCUGAAUACGAAAUAGGCUUUUCAGCAGGUAACUAGGCAUACCUGAGCAACAUCCAGGUGUGGCACACACAAAGGCCCGCCCUCUACCGUUGGCAGUGAUUAAGUGUAAUAACGUUUAUCCGCUAUUUAUAAAGACAGAGCCACAUAUAAUUAUAAUUCACAUAAGCAUUAAAAAUCGUUUAUUAAUUAUUUGCGGUUGUUUUUAAGGUUUCGUAUUCAAAUGCAUGGAGCCAUAUGCAGUCGUUGAGGACCGCUGAUUUCGCUGUGUGCACUACCCCAACAACAACCCGUGCGGUGAUGGCGAGGAAACCCCGUUGACAAGGCACUGCUUUUUCAUGACGGUGAGUUUCCCUUUGAGUGUAUUAUAAUUUUGUGAUAAAAAUUUCAAGGAAAAAACACACACAACCUCCUUCCUCCCUUCCUUCAGGGAGGGAAGAGAGUUUGAGCGGAGAGAAAAAUCUAUCCGAGACAGAGCAGGGACAGUGAGAAAAAUAUAUGAGUGGGAGAGGGAGAAGGAGGAGGAGGAGAAGGAGGGGGGGAGCAAAUUAAAAGUUGCCAAAUGGAGAUAUUGGGUUUCAAGAAGGAGUGAGACAGGAGUAAAAGGGUUUGCCUCUUUUUGAGUCGUCUUUAUGUUAUGCUAAUCGGGAUAAAUAUUUAUGGCUCGACGCGGUUUUAGCCCUUUUCGGCGGAUUCUGGCUUUCAAAAUAGGCGUCGUCAUCGACGCCGCGGCUAGCUAACCAGCGCAGGCCGAUGUUUAAAGUCAAAAAUGUGGCGGAGCCGCUGAGUUGAAGACCCGAGCAGGACACAGACUGGGGACAAAAGUCCCGGGUUGAAACGCGUCGAUUCGGCUAUAUCGAGGCAAAAAUGUGACGUUUUUCAUGCUGGCAGACGAGCCACAUAGAGGACAAAUGAAAGCCUUCCCCAACAGAGAAAGAAAGAGCACGUCAGCGACGACGGGCGUUUUGUGCUGCUUGAAUGCGAUUAUCACUCUCUGUCGAUUCAGUCUAUUUUUGGAAAUAAAACUUGCAAGCUGUACAUUAGCCGUGUUUUUGUGCGGCUUUAACGGCGGGGACUAGCCGUGGAUUUGCGUCGAAGCGCACGUGCUGUGCUGGAUUUCGGUGCUUGUGAAUUUGAGCUCGGAAUUAGGCAAAAAAUGCAACAAGAAAUACGGAUUUGUUUGACCAAAACUGGCAUUAAAGAUGCAAAUCUGGCGAUAUCGAGCUAGAUCACAUUAUUUUUUUAAGGUUAUUAUUCUGGCCAGCAUAAACAGCUCGGUCAUUUCAUUUUUAAUGUAGCUAACAUUACAAUUUGCGGUGGUCGUUUGUAAACGUUAACUUUUUACAUGUUGGAUUUAAUUGGAUAAUAUAGGUUUUUGUACCCCGUAUUUGAUGCCUUUUUUGUGAAGUGUUUAUGGCUUAGUUUCCGUUGUUUUUGUCUGGGAACCUCGACAUGGUUUUCUGUAACAUUUCAAGUUUCGAAGGAUAAAGGACGCUCGCUUGCUCGACGAGAAAAUGUCGUGUUAUUUGCUGUGGACACACACAAAGAAGCCACCGUGAUUUUCCAGCGAUUUAAAUCGCUCAAGCGGUCGUUGUUUUUGCUCUAAACUCCAAACACGGUCCGUUUAAACGGCCUAAUUUGUGCAGCAGCCCCGUCCUGUCUUUGUUCUCGCUCAACCAAAGAUGGAGGCUCAACGUGGCUCUGCUGUAAAGACAGCCUAUGGCAUGCCCAGCCUUUUGCAGGAAAGAAAGGGUGUUAAGUGACUGAGCCCAUGCUUCCUGCUGGAAACCUGUGUCAUGGAUGAUGAUGACGAUCGCCGUCUUCUGGAUAUUUUAGGAGAUGUAGAUGCGUUGAAUGACUAUCUCCAUGGCAGCAACAGCAAGUCUAUUGAGGAGGAUGAUGUAACAAAUGCAGCUUAUGGGUCUGAUGGAUCCCUCUUUGGUAAUGACACAACUGGCUCCAACUCUGGCCUCAAAGAUGGCUCUUCUACAAUGGGUGAAUUUGGCGAGGAUUCGACCGGGGCAGGCCUCCAACUCUCUAGCAGUCUCUCAUUUAUUGAGGAUGAACUGGGGCCUGAAACCUCCCCUGGAGGGGUGGAUCUUGGGGGAGAGGACCAGCCCUUUGACAUCCUUCAGAAAUCUCUCUUGGAAGCUGAUAUCACUGAGCAAACGCUGGCCCAGGAAGCCUUACUGGACUCGCAGCCUGCUCCCACUCUAGUGCAAGCUCCUGUUCCCUUCUCCUCCCCGCUGGUCUCGGGGAACUAUGGAGGUGGGGUAGGUGUGGUGACGACGGCAACUGCUACGUUCUCUGCAGGCCAGUUUUUGCAAGGCAUGCCAUCACUGCCUAAUGGUUCUGCUCAGCCAAUCCAGGUGUUUGGUGCAGGUGGCGGAGUGAUGACUCUGAGUAGCUUAGAAAGAUCACCACAGAUUGUGCUGAGGCCAGGCGUUUCUGUAGCUCCAGCAGGGACAACAACAGGGGGGCAGGUGUUUGCUCCCACCCAAGGCCAAGUUGGCUUACCUUUCAAAAACAUCCCGCUUCAAAAUAUCAUCAUACAGAGAGGCCCAGGAGGGACCCAGACUGUUGUCAGACCAAUCCAGCCUAAACCCCUCCAACCGGGGUCUCAGACUGUCUACAGCCUUGGUCUACAGCCCACUCCCACCACCGUGGCUAAUGUAGUGAACGCUAAUACUGCUGCUCCUGCAGGACAGUACACACCUAAUGGCUCCAUUGUAGUACAACCACACCUGGAGCAGCAACAAGCGUCUACACUGACAAAUAUAUCAGCCGGACAGUUCUUGCUACCCAGCUCCUUGGCUCUCACUCCAUCUAGCACCAUCCACAACGGGCCCAUCAACCCCAACUCAAAUCCCCUAAUUACCAGUCAAAACACAGUGCAGAUUGUUGCAGCGCAGAACUUCAAUGCACCAACAGCUGGUCCACUAAUUUUGAAUCAGGGAGUAGUAAGCGGGAAUCAGGUUGGAGGAGGUGUAACUCAGAUGUGGACAGGAGUUUCUUGUGCGAGCUCCACCUCCGUGCAGACACCAUGCGCUCCUGGACGUCUGACUCUGGUUGGCCCGGCUACAACAGGGAUCUGCAAUCAGAGCCAAGCGUCGGCUACUCCCGUGCAGCGCCUUCUAGUGACUCCAUCCCAGAACUGUACUUCUCUGUCCCCUUUACCUGGUAAUGUGACUCAGCAACAAGACUACAGACAGACUUCUUCAUCACCUGCCCUCAAACAAGCACAUGCCAGCAGCAUCCACGCAAUCAAACCCAUGACACAGGAUUCAACGCUAAACUCUGAGGUCAGUGCACAGAAGAGGCCUCUGCUUCCUACUCUUACAAAAGGAGAAAUGAUUUUACAGCAGGUGAGGAAGGAUCACGUUGCAGUUCAGACCCCAGAUCGACGUCGAUUCACUUCAGUUGACGACGCACUCCUGAGACUUAUCCCGUACCACGUGUUUCAGGGGGCUCCACCCAGCCCGGACGAGUUCUCCCAGGUGGAUGAGGAAUUUGAAGCAGCUGCAACUCAGGUGCUGAUGAGGACACAGGGGAUGGUAAACAAAUACAGGCGACUACUGUUGGUGGAAGCUGAGCGUUUCAGUCCGUCCUCAGAAAUGGUGAUGAUCGACAGGACUUUCAACCAAGAGGAGCGCAGCACCUUGAUACAAGACAAACGCAUGGUACUAGUGGACACAGACAGUUUCUUGGAGGAGUUCUGUUGUGGGACGAAAUCCAAACUUUUCCAAGCCCCUUCCCCGCCUCAGCCUAUAUCCAGCUAUAAUUGGAAUGAGUCAGAACAAGGCUCUAUGGAGCCACCAUACAGGACAGACUCCCAGCCUGGGUAUGGAGACCCAGGAGGGAGUGAGCCUGUAGGACCUGGCUCAACAGAGAGACUUCAUCCAACACACUUAGAAAACAAGAACGUGCUGGAAAUGAAGAGAUCCCAGCAACUCUACGGACCCAGCGGCAUUGGCAACAACAGCCUGAUUGCUGCCAAUAGUUGCCCCCAUAGUAAACCCUCACCUUUCCCAGCAUUGUCAGGAGGCCCGACAAACUACCAGGUGUCUCACCACCCUGUGCAGCCUCCAUAUACCCCUCAGCUCAGCUCACCCCCUCACCCUGACACAGAUUCUGCUCUUGAGGCGGCAGUCAACAGCAUCCUGGAAUGUUAAGAUGUAUAAACCAUAUUACACCUAAUGUAUGGUUUUUACUUCUUUUUUGUAUGUGCAUUUAUUUUUCUUUUUUUAUGUCCCCUGUGUGAAGAGAGGCUAACUCUUCUUUCAGGUCUGUGUUCUUAGUGAUACACAGCCAUGUAGCAUGUACGUAGUUUGCCUUGGGUUAUUUUAGGGGGAUUUUUUGUUGAAGUCAGUCAGUCUGUAAAGGUGUUACGUGAACACAUGCACUUACAGUUACCUAUAAAGAUCCGGGAAUGUGUGCAAUGCAAUGUACUAACAGAUGCAAAAUGUUCUUUUGUUUAUUUUACAGUGGUAGGGUUUGCGACUGAAUGCAAGAGUGUUCCUCUCUUCACACACUAGUUAAUACUUUUUGCCAGUUUAUUGUC